UAUGUGUGGGAAAUAAAGGGCGGUAAUUUAUUUUGUGAACCCGCCUGCCUUAUAUUUUUUACUAAUUCCUUCUUCUUUUUUUCAGAAAAACUCCCCCGUUUUCUUCCGUCUCCGAAGUCAAUCCAUGCUUCAGCUCCGACCACCUAACCACCAUCCUCACAACCAUUUUUCUCCGAGCCAAGCUCUAUAUCUCAGGCACCCGUGAACCCAACCCCCAAACCAAGUGACCCCAGGUGCGAGCACAUUCCUGCGUGUGUUUGACCCAAUGCGACUUCCAUUCGCGAGCCACCACUAGGCACGAUUCUACACUCGUUCCGCUGUAGAGCCCCGAGUGUGCACCAAGCUGGAGCUUGAACGAUCCUGAGUUGCAGAGGAAGAAAAUGGUGGUUGGGUAUAAAGCUUACGCCGUUGAGGGAAGCUGGCCAAAACUACGUCGUUUCGGGGGGUCGAGUUUCAUUUCAGAAAGCUCGGUUUCGAUGCAAGAAGAAGUGGAAAUUGAGGAGGAAGAAGAAGAAGAAGAAGAUGACCCAACUGUCGAGCUCUGCUAUCUCGAUCCUGAAACGAAUCCCAACAGCCUUACUGAAUGGGAACUUGAUUUUUGCUCAAGACCCAUUCUUAAUAUCAGAGGGAAGAAGCUUUGGGAGCUUGUGGUUUGUCAUGAGUCUUUGUCAUUGCAAUAUACUAAGUACUUUCCCAAUAAUGUGAUCAAUAGUAUUACUUUAAAGGAUGCCAUUGAGGGAAUCAGUGAAGAUUUGGGUAUUCCUUUACCUGAUAAAAUAUGCUACUUUAGGUCACAAAUGCAGACAAUUAUAACAAAGGCUUGUAAUGAGCUUGGUAUAAAACUUGUUCCUAGUAAAAGGUGUGUAUCACUGUUGUUAUGGUUGGAUGAAAGAUUUGAGACUAUAUAUACUCGUCAUCCUGGUUACCAGAAAGGAGCUAAGCCGCUUCUCGCGUUAGAUAACCCUUUCCCAAUGGAUCUUCCAGAUAAUCUUUUUGGGGAUAGAUGGGCUUUUGUCCAAUUACCUUUGUCAGUUGUCCGGGAGGAGAUUUCAUCCUUAGAAUCAAAACUUGUAUUCGGUUCAAGUUUAGAUUUGGAUUUGUUGGGGAUUGAAAUUGAUGACGGCACAUUGAUCCCAGGGUUGGCUGUUUCUUCUUCAUGAGCUAAACUGCUAGCAGAGGCGUACUCUGUUCUCUACAAAGCAUCACUAAGCAACAGGCCAACAGCCUUUUAAGGAUCUGUGCCUUAAUUUCCUCAAUCUUUUGUUGGUUUCACUCUAUAAAUUUCUAGCAUUUUCUUCAUACAAAUUUGGAAUUCCUCCCAAAGUAGUAGAUAAGGCUUAGAAACUAAGUUCUUUGACUAUAGCAUGAGGUUUGCUAAAAUAAGAUAUGAGCUUCAAGUCCCUCUUAGGCACUUACAUAGCGAGUUAUUUAUUGUUUCUUAGACCCCAAUAGGUGGGGGUGUCUAGUUUCAAAAAAGAAAAAGAAAAAUUGCAUGGAUAGUUGUUUUCGGUGUUUAGAUAAGCAUGCUAAGAGAAAAAGCAGUGGCUACUGACUGAUUUCUAUUAUGAUAAUUUAACCACUCCAACCAAUCUGAGAAGAAUUUGAAGGAAGGCAAUUUGUACUACGUUAUUUCAAAUAGAGAUAUACGAAGCAAGGCGUGGCUGAAUCUUUGGUUGAUGAGCAGUCUUCUGGUUCUCAAAAUAUGGAUGUUAUUACUUUAAAGAGCGCAAAUAGACCCGGGCAGAUUGAUAAUUCUGAUAUAGUUCUAAAUUACAAAGAUAGUGAUGGUGAUGAACUAGAGCUUCGUAGAAUGUUGGAGGAAGGACGUGACUAUGUUCUAGUUUCCCAACAAGUUUGGGAAAGACUAUUGUCUUGGCCUCUACAAGGGAGCUUUAUGAGAGGGUGUGUCGCCUUCGUGGAGUAGAAAAAGAAAAGGUACUUAUUUGGGACUAUUUCAAUAAACGGCAGCAUUCAAGGCUGAGUAACUCAAACCAAACUUUGGAGGAGGAAAA